AGUUUCCCACAAGCCAGGCUGAUCCCUCUCUAGCAGUCCACUUCACCAAGGUGAGUGUCCCUGCUCUCCCCCACCAGACACAGCUCUGCUGGCAAAAGUGGCAGAGAGGUAUUGAAGGUGGGUGUCAGGAGCCCACCAGUACAGCUGGAAACACCCAGCCACUCCAGCUCCCGGCAACUUCUCCUGACUCUGCCUUCAGACGAGACCUGGAAGACAGCCACGUCUCAGCAGCUCCUCUGCCGUUAUCCAGCCUGCCUCUGACAAGAACCCAAUGCCCAACCCUAGGCCAGCCAAGCCUAUGGCUCCUUCCUUGGCCCUUGGCCCAUCCCCAGGAGUCUUGCCAAGCUGGAAGACUGCACCCAAGGGCUCAGAACUUCUAGGGACCAGGGGUCCUGGGGGACCCUUCCAAGGCCGGGACCUGCGAAGUGGGGCCCACACCUCUUCUUCCUUGAACCCCCUGCCACCAUCCCAGCUGCAGCUGCCUACGGUGCCCCUAGUCAUGGUGGCACCAUCUGGGGCCCGACUAGGUCCCUCGCCCCACCUACAGGCCCUUCUCCAGGACAGACCGCACUUCAUGCAUCAGCUCUCCACUGUGGAUACCCAUGCCCAGACCCCUGUGCUCCAAGUGCGUCCACUGGACAACCCAGCCAUGAUCAGCCUCCCACCGCCCUCUGCUGCCACUGGGGUCUUCUCCCUCAAGGCCCGGCCUGGCCUGCCACCUGGGAUCAAUGUGGCCAGUCUGGAAUGGGUGUCCAGGGAGCCAGCUCUACUCUGCACCUUCCCGCGCUCGGGUACACCCAGGAAAGACAGCAACCUUUUGGCUGCACCCCAAGGAUCCUACCCACUGCUGGCAAAUGGAGUCUGCAAGUGGCCUGGUUGUGAGAAGGUCUUCGAGGAGCCAGAAGAGUUUCUCAAGCACUGCCAAGCAGAUCAUCUCCUGGAUGAGAAAGGCAAGGCCCAGUGCCUCCUCCAGAGAGAAGUGGUACAAUCUCUGGAGCAGCAGCUGGAGCUGGAAAAGGAGAAGCUGGGAGCUAUGCAGGCCCACCUGGCUGGGAAGAUGGCGCUGGCCAAGGCUCCAUCUGUGGCCUCAAUGGACAAGAGCUCUUGCUGCAUCGUAGCCACCAGUACCCAGGGCAGUGUGCUCCCGGCCUGGUCUGCUCCUCGGGAGGCUCCAGACGGCCUGUUUGCAGUGCGGAGGCACCUCUGGGGAAGCCAUGGCAAUAGUACCUUCCCAGAGUUCUUCCACAACAUGGACUACUUCAAGUACCACAAUAUGCGACCCCCUUUCACCUAUGCCACCCUUAUCCGAUGGGCCAUCCUGGAAGCCCCAGAAAGGCAGAGGACACUCAAUGAAAUCUACCAUUGGUUUACUCGCAUGUUUGCCUACUUCAGAAACCACCCCGCCACCUGGAAGAACGCCAUCCGCCACAACCUGAGCCUGCACAAGUGCUUUGUGCGAGUGGAGAGCGAGAAGGGAGCAGUGUGGACCGUAGAUGAAUUUGAGUUUCGCAAGAAGAGGAGCCAACGCCCCAACAAGUGCUCCAACCCCUGCCCUUGACCUCAAAACCAAGAAAAGGUGGGCGGGGGAGGGGGCCAAAACCAUGACACUGAGGCUGUGGGGGCAAGGAGGCAAGUCCUAGGUGUACCUAUGGAAACCAGGCGAUGAUGUGUCUGCUGUCUUGCCUAUCUAGCUGCCCUCCUGGAUCAUAUCAUCUGCCUUAAGGCUGAGAGGGGUACCAAUCCCAGCCUAGCCCCUAUCCCCAACCUAGCCCCAAGAUAAACUUUCCAGUCAAAGAGCCCUCACAACCAGCUAUACAUAUCUGCCUUGGCCACUGCCAAGCAGAAAGAUGACAGACACCAUCCUAAUAUUUACUCAAUCCAAACCCUAAAACAUGAAGAGCCUGCCUUGGUACAUUCGUGAGCUUUCAAAGUUAGUCAUGCAGUCACACAUGACUGCAGUCCUACUGACUCACACCCCAAAGCACUCACCCACAACAUCUGGAACCAUGGGCACUAUCACACAUAGGUGUAUAUACAGACCCUUACACAGCAACAGCACUGGAACCUUCACAAUUACAUCCCCCAAAACCACACAGGCAUAACUGAUCAUACGCAGCCUCAAGCAAUGCCCAAAAUACCAAGUCAGACACAGCUUGUCAGAACACGCUCAUGUGCACGUACACACAUGCAGCCCCCUCCACUCUAUCUCCUGAGUUCCAUGAAUACACACCGACUCUCCAAGAUGUACCCCACGUCUCACUUGCCACUGACCCCAGUUCCCUACCCACAAGCCCCAAUCCAUGCCUAAGCGUGGCCCACAGAAGAACUUCUCUUUUAUUUGGGAUCCAAGGCCCCUGGCCCCCAGUGCCCAUCCAAUAAACUGUGGUCAGCUGGACAAUCACCCUGAUCAGAUAUGGGAACAUAUAAGCAGACAGCUGGGUUUAAGAUCCCAGCAGGAGAAAGCGGAUACCAAAUGAAAGAGAGUGCUAGAACAGGUGCUUCAGCACUGUCUCCAGCACCCCCAAAUUCCUGCCUGUGGUUAGGAGACAUCCAUCAGGGCUCUAGGCCUCUCGGACCCGGCCCAAGAGGCCAGCAUUCUCCUGGCGAAGGGCUCGGUAGUCCUCACAGAUCUUCUCCAGGUUGCUCAAAGUCUUCUUGCCCAUCUCUGUCUCAAUCUAAGAAAACAGGAUGCACACUUCUUCAGCCCCUGCAGGCUUCCUCCCUGCUCCUCCUAUCCCCAUAACAGCAGCCUGUUCCUUCCCAUCACUGGGCUUCUGCGUAUGUCCUUCCCUCCACUCCACCUAAAGCAGCAACUUCUGCCGUGGGCGCUGGGAGGCAUUAGGAGCCGCAAGCUAAAAGCCAGGGCUCAGAGUAGGCAAGUGUCUAGCUUCAGGUCCCAGGCACAGCGGGCACGAAGGCAAAGCCUCUAGCUGUUAGUUGUCUGGUUUCAAAGACUCUCAACGCAAAACAAGGAACUAUCCCCUGGCCUGUCUCCAUUCCCCUUACCAGUCCCAGGUCUCACCUGCUCCUCAAGAUCUCGAACUUCCCUCAUGAUAGUGCCUGUGUCCUCAAUGGUCUGGAUGAGCUGACUGCAAUUCUGGAGACAGCAAGAAUACAAGGCUUGCACCUAUGCUGGCCCUCUCCAGCCAUCCCACCAGGCACAUGGCUCCCCUCACCUCAUGCAGGGCAGCGAGGUACUUGUAGGCUUUCCGAACAGCAUCAUCCUUCUUAGCAUCCUGAUAAGACAAAGGGGAUCUCCGAGAUAUCAGCAAGCCAUUCCCCCUUUUCCACUACUCUAUGCCCCUAUAAGACCACUCUUUACUAGUACUUGGCCUUCAUCCUCCACAGAACAAAGCUAGGCCCCAAGCAACAGUGCACCUAAAGGACUCAUAGAGGGGCAGGCAACACCUCAGUCCCACCUCCACCCUCCCGGAGGCCAGCCUGCGCCAUACCUUGAACACAAGCUCAUCAGUCACUGCAAAUGUCCGGUCGAGCUUCCCAGAGAGAGAGUUGAUUUCCUUCUGCAGUUCCUUUGUGUCCGACAAGAUCUGGCAGAAAGCAGAGUAACUAACUCUCAGUGCACAUCUUAGGCAAGGUAGCUGAUCAGUGAUAACGCUCACGUGCCUAUACUUAUAUCCAGUCAGGGCCUGUGUCACUGUGUUGGGGUGACUAUUAUGUGUUGGAGUGUGCCUGAACAGCUCUGCCUAGUAGUGAGCAUAAAGUCCCCAUGUGAUCACCCC